AUGAGUUUUGAGGAAGCACGUGGAUAUUACGAUUCAAGUUAUGCUUAUCUAUUUGUCAGGAAUAGAUUUACACAAAAGGAGCAGACAUUUUGUGUUAACUAUGAGCAGUGGCGAACUCAGCAGAUAGCAAAUGAUGUCAAAAAUGCCAAGGUGUUACGACUUGGUUGGUGGGGUGGGAUUGUUAAUAAUACUAAUGUUUGCAACAAAGGUAAACCGGUCCUACUUGAGAAACAAGCAGUAGCAUUGAAUUAUCGGCUGAAAAUUGAAGAUGGCCGUUGUGCAAUGCCGUUUGUCAUGAAAAACGCAAGCUUUAAGGGAGCUUUACAAUAUGAAGUAAACCAGUUGGCUUCAAGAAAUGCCAGUGCUGCCAUUAUUCUCGUUAAUAAAGGUCAUAAAUAUGUCACCAAAUGGGCAGAUUAUUUGUUUUCUGAAUUUUACGAUCCGGAUUUCAAUCAAUCUACUAAGCUGCCGACAUUUUUCAUGUACACAACUACAUUCUUUAAUGAAAUGCUGAAAUUGAGCAGCGAUCGAAGUGGACAAGAAUUAUUACUGCAAUUCUAUAGACCGAUGAAUUCUCGAUGGGAUAUAUCUAUGUUAAUUGUUUGGUUUAUAGCCGGAUUUUGUGUUACCGUUGGUGGUUACUGGGCUGCUCUUCGAAAAAUAUAUGAAGAAACUGGUGCUUUGCACGGGUCUCACCAGUUUCCGACUGGCGGAAGUCAUGUACAGAAAUCAAGAAGUUGUCUGAAUGAUGAGCGCAUGACAGCUUCAACAAACUGCUUAUUUAUCAUUAUUGUGAUGUUUGUUGUUGUUGGUGUUUUAAUGCUUGGUUUCUAUUUUCGCGGUGUUAUGGUAUGCAUUUUUAACACAUUACUUGCAAUCAUUGGCACAUUCAGUAUUCAUCGUUGUUUAACAGCAUUGUUUGGCUCAGUAUGCAAAUGUGGCCACUGUCGGGUAUGUGUCUCGAUGAAUGACAUAACACAGUCGAUAUUUCGGCGUGAUUUAUUCAAUUACGAGUGUUGCACCGAACGACCACUUGUGGUGUCUGUAAUGAUUUUUAUUGGUGCAGCAUCAUUUUGUAUCAGCUGGUUUGUAUUCCGACGUGAACCAUAUGCAUUUAUACUGCUUGAUCUCAUCAACAUUGCUGUUUGCAUUCAUAUUUUGAAAGGCAUUCGUUUCCCGAAUUUGAUGUGGUUAACAGUUCUUCUGACAUGCAUGUUUGUGUAUGAUUUAUUCAUGGUAUUUAUCACCCCUUUUCUUACAAAAAAUGGAUGUUCUGUGAUGAUUGAGGUUGCAGCUGGAACGGAUUGUUCAAAAAAUAAUGGUGGUUAUCCUAUUGCACCAAUUAACACCGAGAUGCCAGAAAAAUUUCCGAUGCUUUUCCAAGUACCACGAUUAAGCGAUCCGAUGAUUUCAUGCACCGAUUUAGAAGUUGAAAAGGAAUUUCACCCAGUAAUUCUUGGAUUGGGUGAUGUUAUAGUACCUGGUUAUUUGAUUUGUUUUUGCUUCACUGUCGAUUUCGUUGUUCGGACACGUUAUCUUUAUGGAUUUAUUUCAAUUAUCGGUUAUGGAAUUGGUCUUAUUGCAACAUUCAUUGCUUUAACGUUGAUGGAAACUGCACAACCUGCUCUAAUUUAUUUGAUACCGUUUACAUUAGGACCCAUUAUUAUAUUUGCACUCAUUCGACGAGAAUUUAAACUGCUUUGGACUGGUGAUUUUACGAAAUCUCGAGAGAUUACUAACAUUAAUUCUUCUCUUGUUUCACGAAAUUCUACAACGAAUACAGCUAGCAGUGGUCUUAAUUCGGGUAGUACUGGUUUUGAUGCAUAUGCUGUAGUACCAUUACCAGCAACUUCACUAUCUAAUACAGGUGAAAGAGAAAUGUGA